AUGGGUUCAAUAGUUCAAGACACCCGUCCUUCAGUAAAACUCACGCAAGGAACCGUCAUCGGCACUGUGGUGUCAGAUGGUCUCCCCCGGCCAGUUGAAGCUUUCAAGGGCAUUCCGUAUGCGCUCCCUCCAACUGGAGAUCGCAGGUUCCGCGCGCCGGUGAAAGUCGAACCAUCAACCAAAGAAAUCGACGCCUCGAAAUGGGGUCCCGUUGCGCCCGGCAAGCAGCUCUUCCCCGGCGGUCCUACAUUCGAAUACAGCGAGGACUGCCUGACAGCCAACGUCUUCCGACCCAUCUCGUCAUCUCAAGAUGAGACGAGCACCUCACUGCUGCCCGUCGCCGUAUACAUCCACGGCGGCGCAUUCAACAGAGGCACAGCUAUGAUGCACAACACUGCUUCAUUCCUGGCAAACUCGGGACAGGCGUUCAUCGCGAUUUCUUUCAACUACCGUAUAGGCGCCCUCGGUUUUCUCCCGUCAACCAAGAGUCUUGAGGAGGGUUCGGUGAAUCUCGGUUUGAAGGAUCAACUCAUCCUUCUCGAGUGGGUUCGCGACAACAUCACCGCAUUCGGCGGAGACCCCAACAACGUCACGCUCUUCGGUAUCUCCGCCGGAGCACACUCUAUUGGUCACAUCCUAAUCAACGACGAGGGCCAAUACAAUCCACCCCUCUUCCACAAAGUCAUCCUCGAAUCCGGCGCCCCGACAUCCCGCGCAGUCCGCCCCUACAGCGCCCCGGUCCACGAAGCCCAGUUUGCAGACUUCCUCGCGGAAACCGGCUGCCCGCCCGACCUCUCCGCCGCCGACACCUUCGCCUACCUCCGCGCCGCGCCCACCGAGGUCGUCCAAAGAGCCCAGAUCGCAGUCUUUGAUAAGUACAACCCCUCCCUGCGCUGGGCCUUCCAGCCCGUCGUCGACGGGGACAUCAUCCCGCGCCCGCCCAUGGAGUCGUGGCGCCUCAACAAGUGGCGCAAGGUGCCCAUCAUGACGGGCUUCAAUCGCAACGAAGGGUCCAUAUACAUAAGCAAAAAGGUAUCCAAGUCGGAAGAAUUCACAUCCUUCUUCGCCGACCUGCUACCGCUGCUGUCAAAGGAGGACGUCGACACCAUCGACAAGCUCUACCCGGACCCCCUCACCGUCGCAGACUCGCCCUACAAGGAAUCCCUCGACGGCACGGGAGCGCAAUACCGCCGCCUGGAAAUCGCCUACGGACAAUACGCCUACGUCGCCCCCGUCCGCCAGACGGCCGACCUCGCCUCGCGAUCCACCGCGGAGCCGGUAUACCUCUACCAGUGGGGCCUCGAGAGCUCCCUCCUCGACCGCGCGCGGCACGGCGAGAACAUGUACUACGAGGCCUGCGAGCCCGCAAAGACCAAAAUCUCGCCGACGCAAAAGGCGCUCUGCCUGACGCUGAACGCGUACCUCGCCAGCUUCAUCGUCGCCGGCGACCCCAACGCCGUGCGGGGCGAGAGCGCGCCGGACAGGCCCGUGUGGGAGCGGUACGUGGCCGAGGACCCCAAGGCGCUGGUGUUUGCGGAGGAGAAUAAGGAGCUUAUUGGGGGCCCGGCGGGUGUCCCCGCGCGUCUACAUCCUGACACGUGGGCGAGGAAAGAGUCGGAGUUUUGGUGGACCAAGGUUGAUGUGUCGCAGCAAUGA